UUUUCUUUGUACACGGAAGACACCGGAGAAAUCAGCGGAGGACAGGGAGAGCGUCUCAGAAGUGCCUCUCCUCCAUCCAUGGUGGGUCUUGAGCAAUGCACCAGGGAAGAUGGGCCAAGCUCUGUGUAUCUGCUCACGCAGUGCUAUCACCAUUGACAACAAGAGAUACUACUUCAUCCAAAAACUAGAAGAAGGAGGUUUCAGUUAUGUGGAUCUGGUAGAAGGUGCACACGACGGCCGCUUCUACGCUCUAAAGCGAAUCCUUUGCCAUGACCGCGAGGGCCGCAAGGAGGCUCAGACCGAGGUGGAGAUGCACCGCCUUUUCAACCACCCCAACGUCCUCAGCCUGACCGCACACACCUUCAUGGAGCGUGGCGGCAAGUGUGAGGCCUGGCUGUUGCUCCCGUACAUUAGUAAGGGAAGUCUGUGGUCUGUUCUUGAAAAGUUGCGGGAUAAGGGGAGCUCUAUGCCCGAGAGCCGCAUACUGCACAUUCUGCAUGGCAUCUGCGAAGGCCUCAAAGCAAUUCAUGACAAAGGCUAUGCACACAGAGACUUGAAACCCACCAACGUUUUACUGGAUGAGAACGAUCGCCCUUUAUUAAUGGAUUUGGGCUCCAUGAACAAGGCCAGGAUUGAAGUUCGAGGGUCACGGGAGGCCAUGACAGUCCAGGAUUGGGCCGCUCAGAGGUGCACCAUCUCCUACAGAGCACCAGAGCUCUUUAAUGUGGAGAGUCACUGUAUCAUUGAUGAGAGAACAGAUAUUUGGUCUCUAGGUUGUGUGUUGUACUGUAUGAUGAUGCUGGAGGGACCGUAUGACUUGAUAUUUCAGAAGGGUGACAGCGUGGCUCUCGCUGUCCAGAAUCCAGUCUCCAUUCCACAGCCAUGCAGUUAUUCUCAAGGUCUUCAAACCCUCCUCAGCUCCACUAUGGUGACCAAUCCUCAGGAACGGCCCAGAAUCAGCUGGGUCCUUGACCAGGUCCAGAACCUUCGGGACUCAAACGGUACAGACGUAGAUACCAACAGAGUAUGAUGCUUCAGCUGAGAUUUCACAUCUGUUUUCCAGUGGACUCUGGACGUUAUGGACUAUGCACUCUCACUUUCGGACAAAAACAACCCAGUGAACUCACAAGCCUUGCAAACAUUUGCUCUGUCUUACCUCAGUGAGCUCGGCACGCCAUGGUUACACACUCAAACACGAUCACACUAGCCUUCGCAACAAUGUCUCGUAUUUCACCCUGAAAUCCACUGAGCAAUGAAAUUUUCCUAUGGUUUUGGGGUAAAAUAUGAACAGGGCAUGCUCCUGACUUAGCGGGAUUCACUGUUAUGGCACACAAACCACACAAUAAGGGCAAUGCAUUAUCACAGGCACCAGUUACGUAUCAGCAAACCAGUUGUUGUCAGAUUGUAAUUUGGCUUAUGUGUCUUUUCUUCCAGAUUUCUUAGCUUGUGCAUUUUAAGGAACCAAAAGAAAUAUAUAUUUAUGAGGGUUUUGAUUGAAUUUUUAGUUGUUUAAAAUGUAAUUGACAUUAGUUAAGGUAUUUAAAUAACAGUUCUGCUGAUAAAGCAAGACAUCUAAGGUCUUUUGUGGGAAUUAUGGUCUUUGUGUUGCAAAGGCCCAAAGAUAAAGCUGUGUUACUGCCAUUGGACUUCAUUUGUGAAACUAAAUCAUCUGCAGUCUUAUGUAUGUUGUAGCAUUGGAAAAAAUAGUUCUGCCCAUGUUUAAUGAAGGAAAAUGUCUAGGAAAUUAAAGAAUAAGUCAUUUUAAGCAGUUUGUUUGGCUGUAGCGCUCAGCUUUUAUCAGCAAGUGGUGUUUGUUUUGCUAUACGCUCAGUAUUUCUUUCAGACUGUAUAGAGGAUGUAUAACAAAUGGUUAUGCCUGUGAAAACUUGUUAAUGCUAGUUCACAUUACUUCGCAAAAAGAAUGCGUCCACUUUUCUUUUUUAAAUGGUACAGAUUUGCGUAGUUUAGUAUAAGUUUCUUUAAUCGCUUACAGUAUUAGGGUAUUCUUUAAAGGAACCUUGUAAACAUAUUUUCAGUGUAUUUAAGUAUGCAUUUUAAUUGAGGAAGAAAUCCACUAGAGAUCAUUUUUGCAUUCAGUUGCACUACCAGUCAAAAGGUUUUGGAUGUUUUUUAAAGAAGCCUUUUCUGCUCACCAAGCCUGUUUUUAUUUAAUCCAAAGUGCAGCAAAAACCGUACAAUUUUGAAAUAAUGUUACUAUUUAAAUUAACUGUUUUUAUUUAAAUAUAUUUGAAAAUGUAAUUUAUUCCUGUUUUUUUCAGAUUUCUUUGUUGAAUAGAUAGUUCAGAAGAGCAACGUUUAUCUGAAAUAUAAAACUUUGUAACAUUAUAAAUGUUUAUCACAGUUUUGAUUGAUUUGAAGCAUCCUUGCUAAAUAAAAGUAUUAACUUCUAUCAUUUCUUUCCCCAAAAAAUUAUACAGACUCCAAGCUUUUGAAUGGUUUAGAGUUAAAUAUUACAAAAAUUUUUGGAUCUAUCUAUUCAUAAAAAAAAUCCUGAAAAAAAUGUACUCAACUGUUUUACAUAUGGAUAAUAAUAAUAAUAAUAAUAAUAAUAAUAAAUGUUUCUUAAACCGCAAAUCAGCAUAUUAUAAUGAUUUCUGAAGAUCGUGACACUGAAGGCUAGAGUAAUGAUGCUGAAAAUUGACAGGAAUAAAUUACAUUUUAAAAAAUAUUCAAAUAGAAAACAGUUAUUUUAAAUAGUAAAAAUAUUUCAAAGUUUUACUGUUUUUGCUGUACUUUGGAUUAAAUAAAUGCAGGCUUGGUGAGCAGAAGAGACUUCUUAUUGUUCAAAAACUUUUGACUGGUAGUAUAUUUGUUUAUGACGUCUGAUAAGGCUUGGUUAAUAAGGAUGAAUCUCACAAAAUAAUGUCUAGGUCAUAUUUUAUCCCAAAUAUUAGCAAAAAAAUACUAAA